GCGGCAGCGCGCGGGAGGCGGGGAGGCGGGAGGCGGGAGGCGGCCCGGGCGCGCGGGGAGGGCGGGGAGCCCGCGGGAGGAGGGGGGGGAGGGAGCAGGGCGGGCGGCGAGGAGGGAGGAGAAGGGAGGCAAGAAAGUAGCAGAAAGUGAGGCUGGCAGCGGGCGGCAAAGGAGCCGAGCGAGCGGCGGCGACGGCGGCAGGAAGUCUGUGCCCGAGACGCGCAGAAAUAAGAGCCAGGGAGGGACCGCGGCGGCGGCGAGAGUGAAAGAGGAAACUGCAGAAGAGGAAGCUGUGCCGCAGCACAAAGUCUCCUCAGACUCUCGUGCCGAGCAUCCCCGCGCCGCCGGCCCAGCCUCCCGGACCGACCACCACCGCGCCCGCGCCGCCGCCGCCCCCCGCGCCCCUGCACCCGGGCGCGCCCUUCUCGUGCGCCCACCCCGGCCUCUCCGCCUCGCCGCUCUCCGCACACGCCGCUCUGGUCUGCCAUGGCCCGGGAGAACGGCGAGAGCAGCUCCUCCUGGAAAAAGCAAGCUGAAGACAUCAAGAAAAUCUUCGAGUUCAAAGAGACCCUCGGAACAGGGGCUUUUUCGGAAGUGGUCUUAGCCGAAGAGAAGGCAACUGGAAAACUCUUUGCCGUCAAGUGUAUUCCCAAGAAGGCGCUGAAGGGCAAAGAAAGCAGCAUUGAGAAUGAGAUAGCGGUUCUGAGGAAGAUUAAGCAUGAAAACAUUGUGGCCCUGGAAGACAUUUAUGAAAGCCCGAAUCACUUGUACUUGGUCAUGCAACUGGUGUCUGGUGGAGAGCUGUUUGACCGGAUAGUGGAGAAGGGAUUUUACACAGAGAAAGAUGCCAGCACUCUGAUCCGCCAGGUCUUAGACGCUGUCUACUAUCUCCAUAGAAUGGGCAUUGUCCACAGGGACCUCAAGCCUGAGAACCUUUUGUACUACAGUCAAGAUGAGGAGUCCAAAAUAAUGAUCAGUGACUUUGGAUUGUCCAAAAUGGAGGGCAAAGGCGACGUGAUGUCCACCGCAUGUGGGACCCCAGGCUAUGUCGCUCCGGAGGUCCUGGCCCAGAAACCCUACAGCAAAGCCGUUGACUGCUGGUCCAUCGGGGUGAUCGCCUACAUCUUGCUCUGCGGUUACCCUCCUUUUUAUGACGAGAAUGACUCCAAGCUCUUUGAGCAGAUCCUCAAGGCGGAAUAUGAGUUCGACUCCCCCUACUGGGAUGACAUCUCCGACUCCGCAAAGGACUUCAUUCGGAAUCUGAUGGAGAAGGAUCCAAAUAAAAGAUACACAUGCGAGCAGGCAGCUCGGCACCCAUGGAUCGCCGGUGACACAGCUCUCAGCAAAAACAUCCACGAGUCCGUCAGCGCCCAGAUCCGGAAGAACUUCGCCAAAAGCAAGUGGAGACAAGCGUUUAAUGCCACGGCCGUCGUGAGACAUAUGAGAAAACUCCAUCUCGGCAGCAGCCUGGACAGUUCCAACGCAGGUGUUUCGAGCAGCCUCAGUUUGGCCAGCCAAAAAGACUGUGCGCCUGGCACCCUCCACGCUCUGUAGUUUCAUUUCCUCUUCGUCGGGGGUCUCAGGAGUGGGAGCGGAUCGGAGACCGAGGCCCACCACUGUGACGACGGUGCACUCUGGAAGCAAGUGACUGGCCCUGGAGGUGGGGCCCAGGGGGCGGGCCAGGGAAGGGGGCCCCCCUGAGGACCACCAGCGCCACCAGCCACUCCAGAGCGAUCCCACCUUGCACCGGGCGCCUCCCUGCACAGGACUGGAAGACAGAAGUUUUUUUACGGCCAUAUUUUAUACUGCAAUUCUGAAGUGUUCAUUUCUCACUAACUUUACUGACUCAAGGGAGCUGACUUCAUAGGCUCUGGUGCUGUAUAUAGGACUCUCGCAAGGCUCUGGUAGAACGGAUAUUUCCCAGUCCUCUCCCCUGCCGUUUCUGCUCUUCCCAGUAGAGGUAACCAUCUGUGUUGUAUUUUUUCAUUCAUGACAAAAAAAAAAGGUUUCAACUGGAUUAUUUAAGUAUUGGUAAAUAUUGUGCAUUAGGACUUUUUUUCCUUCUAAGAAAUAUGUCCUCUCGAGCUGUACUUCUUAUUUCCACGAGCUAUUUCUUACGCUUGUCCAUGGUAGAAUUUUAUGUUAACCUUUAUGAGAUUUUUUUUUCCUCCAAAGGGAAUUUUAAGGUAUUUUUAAAAAUUGUAACAAGAGGAUUGAUCGAGAAUCUGUCUCCAAGGUGAAGAAUGCACUUUACUUCAAUUCCUUCUCUUUCUCUCCCCUUCUUCCUUGGAGGGGCAGCUCUCUGAGAAAACAGCUCAGCCGUUCUGCAGUCUUCUCCCCCAGGGUGCUGUGGGAGGGGACCUGCAGAGAAACCUUCCUGGCAGCUCCCCCAGCAAACCCCUCUCUGAGUGGAGACCCUCGGGGCCUCUUGCCAUCAGCAUUCAGAAAUGAAGAAGCCUGCUUCCCCCAAACGAAAGGCUAGCCUUGUGGUGAAGGAGAUGGACCCCUGCCCACCCCCGACCCCAGCAAAGAUUUAAGAGCCUCCCCAGCUGAAGGAGCAAGAUGCCAUCCUGUUGAGAGUGAAUUGCACACGCAGCUCUCAUUUCUCUCGAGGAGGGUGACACAUGAAGGCCCUGCUCCCAGCGAUGCAGUUUUAAAAUUUAUCUGUUUCUUAAAAAAUGCAUUUCUCACCUUACAACUGAAAACAGCCUCCAGCUCACACAAGUGGUCUCUGCAGACUUCUGCCCUGUUCUCAGAGGAUGGUGGUCCAGGGGAGGAGAGGGGAGCAGCCUUGGAAAGACACUGUUUUUCAGGGUGGUGAGGAGCAGGGACUGCCUGGCAAGCAGGACACCCGCCGCUACAAAUACGGCCAGAGACCCACCCAGCCAGUGCUGGAAGCCGUCCCUCUGACCAAGGGAAUCCAGAAACCAAAGACCUGUGAUGGCGAGGUCACCAAAGAUCCCAGUUUGCUGAGGACUGAAGGCUUUCCUGGGAUGGAGGACUUUCAGUGCUGAAACCAGCCAUGUCUUGGCCAAACUGGAUAAGAGUGCACGACUGAGGGAGCCAGUGUGAAAACCAGGGCAGACCACUUUUCCAGGGGGCUUCAAGGAUGCUCUCUUGAAGAGGCAAGCAGGUGGUGGCUCCAAACGUCUGCUUUGCAAAAGCCCUCCCUCAGCCCUUACGCCUGUGCAGCGCCUUGAGUUUGCAUCCAGAGUCAGCCUCUAGCCUGCCGCCGGCCCCUGUCCACCUGCCUGAGGGUCCAGGGACUUUCUGGGCCCAUGUCCUCAUGCUCUUUUCCCACAGUUGGCCAGACUCGGCAGAUGCUGUUGGUCAGGCUGUCUUUGUCACUUCCACACCUCUGCCUAGGUCCAGGUCAGAUGUUCAGUGAUGGCCCCCCAACAGAAAUACACACACACACACAAAACCAUUAAGCAUUAACAGCUCCAUUCUGCCUCCUUUAGGAAAGACAGGCAUCUGGUCUACUCUGCAUCCACAUGCUUCAUAGACACUCAGCCCCUCAACAGGAAUCCUAUUUGGCACCUACCGCACAUGCAUCCAGAGUGAAAAGUCAAAGCACCGCUCUUCAAAAUCUGUGAAAAGGCUGGAAAAGGCUGUAAAACAAUAGACCCAGUUAAGAAGGACGUGUCGCCUGGGUUGGAUAUGAAUCCAUGCCCCCCCUUGAGAAGGAUGGUGGUACGGAUAUUAUAAACAGUGUCAGAAAACUGAGGCCUCCCUCCAAGUUUUAUUAGGGGUUUAUUAAGGGGCUUAUUAGAAUGUUGCUGACUAACGAGCGUAAUGGAAAAAAUCAAGUUUCUAUAGUACAAGAAAACAAUGAGAUACUACAGGGGAUGAUAAUUUGCGCGAAUUUGAUACCUUUAACGUGCGUGCAGUUACCAGCUUCUUGUACUAUGGGCUGUAGGCAGUCACUUACACUUAAAAAGGCAACAUCUGAAGCCAAAUUUACAGGCGAUUAAGUUAUUUGCUGGAGCUGAUAUGUGAGGUGCAUGUUAUAUGCAAUUAGUUUGAAAGUAUGUCUGACCUGGAAAGCGCAGAAGAGUUGAAAGAAGGACGAGUUGGCCUGAAGUACAUCAGGCCCCAGCAGCGUGCGGGGAGAUGGUCACUGGUUUCAGCCCCAAAGUAGGCACUGUUGAACUUGACAUUGGGUGAGCCUGUAGUGUCGCAGUGCCACCAGACUUAGGUUUUUUCCCAUUGUUUUUGGAAGAGGAGAAAGUAACCCCGAUAUGGAAGAACCUUUGCUCUGUUGAGAGCGCCUCAGUAAUAGAAGAAUGGAAGUUCUCUUUCAACUGUAUUUGGUAUUAUUUAUACUUUAUUACAGCAGGGAAGAGAGCUCAGAGUGUGCCUUUUGACAACACCUGCCAAAAGGAGGGGCGAAGUCGUUGGACCCUCACUGCUGUCAAAUCCCACCUACAGAAGCUGAGCCUUGCACAUGGAUGUCCAGCUCACACUCCCCAUCGAGGCCACCGUGUGCAGCGAGGCUAAGGGUGGACCACGGCUUCAUCACAGACUGCCUUCCGACACCCGCCCCUCUCCAGCUUGGUCUCUCCACCUUCUCAGAGCAAGUGGAUUGUUUUUCUCAUUUGAAAUGUGUCCUCAAGUGAUCUUGGCCUCCGCUGCCUGUCUGUCCCUCCCUUCUCUCAUUUUCAUCUCAGCAGUGAGGCCAUUGGAGAAGCUAGCGUUUGUCUGAAACUGUGAGUGCACGCCCAGAUAGGCAUGUGAUUGUCUUAACUGGGGGACCCUGGAGUCUGGGCCACACACUGCUGUCCCUCAGCGAGCACAUGGGGUCUGCAGUGUCGGGUAAAGGCAGCUGGAGCCAAGAGAGAGUGUGCCCACUGAAGUGCACACCUCCACGGAAAACCCUUGAAGAGAUACUCAGAUGGACAGCAAUUCCAGGGCGGCACGUGGCUGUUGCAGUAGGCAGUUCUCACCACCUCCUACUGCCCCUGACUCCAUAGGAGGAAAGAAAAGAUAAUGACCCCUUCAUGUUUCCUUUAAAAAAAAAAAAGAUGCAGAAAGCAGCAACCCCCCACCCACCCACCCACCCAAAGGCAAGUGUGGCUUGGUGUUCUUGACCAUGGCAGUGAUCCCCAUCACUUCUAAAAUCUCACUGCAGGAACAGGGAGCAGCCUCCCCUUGGCACAGGAGCUUCUGACCUUUGAGAAAGUCCCACUGUCCAGCUAGCUCUUAGCAUAGUGUCCAAGGAACUGGGCAGUCAGGCUUGGGGUUAAACAGGCAAGGCUUUGGCGCUUAAGGAACAUGAGCUGAUGAAAGGGAUUUGGCAUAUGACCUCCAGACUCAGUUCACCUGCCCAGCACUAACCUCUUGUUCAUUUGUCUCCCGUGGUAUCCAGCAUAUCCCAGGCAAGAUUGUGAGUAAGAGAGGGGGACCCCCCCCCAUUUAAAACAGACCAGGGUACACCAGAGACAAAGGGAGGGAACCCAAGUGACCCCUCUUGAGAACAGGGGCUGACCCUCUCUCUGGAGAAGUGACAGCAUAAUCUGAUUAACCCCUGGAGUUUGAUCUUUCUUGAGCAAUAUUAAACAGAAAGGAAAGGCCAUAUCCCGGUGGAGAUAACUCAGUAUUUUAAGGCUUUGGCCACCACGUCCCUGUGACCCACCCAGAACCCAGGCCAGUGUUAAUUCUUCACCUUGGAGAAGCCACGCGGGAACCAUCGCUCAGGGCUGAAGGCAGGAGGAGGAGGGUUGUGGCCUCUGUGCUACACCCGCAACUCUCCAACUUGGUGUGACUUCCACAAGCUCACUGCUGGGUUUCCUCUGGAUGUGAGAAGGAACAGCACGGUCCAGCCAAGGGCACCUCCUCCCACUUCCAUUAACAGAAAUAAGACGUACUCUUCGCCAGGGUCGCACAGUCACUCCUGGCAAAGGAAACGAAGGCCCUCCGAUUCAGCCAGUGCACGACGCCUCUGCAUGUUCUGAAACAGCACCACUCCCCAUUCUGCGCUGUCACACUCUGAAAAGCUGGCCUUUUCCUUAAACACAUUCCAGACCAAACACUGUUCAGUUUGUUUUUUUUUUUUAAAAAAUGUAUAUACCUGUAUGUAACCCACCACUCUUUGCAAGGGGUGGGGAGCUGGUUGGGGCUGCAAGUGUACCUGUCACUGGCCGAAAAGUAGUGUUCCAGGCUUUGGUUUUCAGAAAUGAAAAUCAACAUUUUCAGAUAGGAAAGGUGAACUGGGCAGAUUUCUGAAAGGGGAGCUUGCUUCCUGACAAUGCCAAGGAAACUAGUGCGUGGAUGAGAUUGCUUGGAAACCUCUGCGCUGGACAGCAGGCAGGGAGGAGGAGGAUAGAGGCCUGAGCCCCCUGCGGCCCCCGCCUUCAUUGUGGUCUGCGUGCAUCGCGAUCUGCAGCCCAGGCGUGGGCCCAGGAGCCCAGCCCCACUGUGAAGUCAGCCCCGCAUGCUGGCCGCGGCCUGGCCCGCCUCCUGCACUGCACCGCACCGAGUCAGACGGGAAGAAACACCAGCCCUUCCUGCCUUCCCUGCCACCUGCAGCAGGAGCAGCUCGGCUUGUGGCUCCAGGGGCCUCUGCUUCUGCAAACCCAAAGGCUGUGCAUUUGGCAGCCAACCCUGCAGCAUGUGGCUGUCAGGCCUGGUUUCGUGGACAAAGUGUGGAAUGGCUUCUCAGUGUCUGUAUCUCUCUACACCAAAGGGACUAACUAUUGCAUUUCCCCCUUUGUACCAAUGCCGCUUCUGCAUUCGCCGUCUCCAUUUUAAACCUUUUGGUCUCCAAGGAACUUCUCCUAUGUUGAUUAUGUCUUCUGAUGAUUUACCAACUUACUUUACUUUGAGGUGAUUUUAUUUUCUUAUGGACAGGAAAAAAGAAAGUGAAAGGAGUGUUUGAGGUUUUAGUCAGAGAGAUAAGAUCACCAGGGAAUCAAAAGCCCCAAACACUAGAUAAAUUACUUCUCAAAGGAAAACCUUCUUCUGGACAGACGGGGGUUCACUGACCCUCACAGUAGCCCUGCAUUUGGUGGGGCAGGAGUGCUGGGGCAGGGCUGGCAGCCAGCUUUUUGACAUGUUCCAAAAACAUGUUCCAAAAACAAAAACAUCUUGUCCAUGAGAACAAUGCUGCAACAUUGCAACGUUUCAGAGGACAUUUAUCUCAGCCCCACGUUGAGGUUGGAAGACAGAAAAAAAAAAAGGUACAUUCUGUCCAGAAUACAAUUCGGAACAAUUUCUAAAUUGGCUUUGGUCACCACACACAGUGGCAUAGGCCUUCUUGCAGCUCUCCCAGCAGUGAGCACGUUUUCCAAAAGCUUAUGAUGUCAAACCCAGGAAUGUCCCCCCGUGUCUAUUAUUACCAGGCUUGCAACUGGUUCAAAUUUUCUGUAAAAAAUAUGCUUGUCCAAAAGAAGGGAAACUGUGCAUUUAUUCCAUGCAUGUAAUAAACUCUGCAAGAAGUUUACCCCCCACGGGUUGCGGCACUGCAAAACUGUCAACGGGCCUGUGUAGCAAAUGAUUCUCUGCCUUGACAAUCAUGUACACAUAUCAAGAUUUCUAUCAUAAUGAUAAUGAGAUUGAUGACUUCUUGUUUUCCUCCAAUAAAGACAGUUAAUCACCUUCA